AUGAUGAUGGUGGUGAUGCGAUUGUUGUUUACCGACAAGGAAUUUUUCACCUGCAGCAGUCGCGAAUCAGGAUUUUUCUUUCACCAGUUUUCCCAUUAGGAUAAGCUUCCAAGAUGCCCCUGUUCGAUACAGUGCUUCAAGAAAAGCCAGCAAUCGUGCUGGAAAUGGGAUACGCCUUCACCAAACUGGGAUUUGCUGGCGAGCCCCAUCCCCGUAGCAUCAUUCCGUCGGAGGUUUUGGACCAUAAGGCGAAGAGUGCCAAUCAAACGAUACCCAACAAGCGGCUGUUCGACUACGGCAACGAAUCGGAGCUGUAUGACCAGAUGGUCGAGUUCCUGAAGGGCAUCUUCUUCAAGUACGUGCUGGUCAGUCCAAAGGAGCGGAAGGUGGUCAUAGUCGAAUCGGUUCUGUGCCCCACGCAGAUACGGGAAAACUUGGCCAAGGCACUGUUCUGCCAUUUCGACGUUUCGUCCAUAUUCUACGUUCCGACGCAUUUGGUGAUUUUGGCCACGUUGGCUGUGGAUACGGCACUGGUUGUGGACAUUGGAUACAAGGAAGCGGCCGUCGUUCCGGUUUACAGUGGAGUGCAAGCCGUGUUUGCCUGGGAAGCCCAACCUUUAGCCGCCGAAGCCGUUCACGAGUACAUCAAGGGAGAGCUCAUAUUGAACGGCGUUGAAGAGCAUUUACUGACGGAUUAUGUCGUUGAGGACAUCAAGGUGCGGACAUGUUUUGUAACCACAAAAGAGCGCGCUUCGAAGUGGCGUGCUGGGGAAGAAUACCAGACUUGCCCGGACGUGGAUUAUCCCAUCAAGGGGGACGAAGUAAUCAAAAUCUCCGGCAUACUUAGAGAGACCGCCUACGAAGUGCUAUUCCCAGAAGACAACGACCAUCUCAAUUUAGCGAAUAUCAUACUCAACUCGAUUCUAAAAUGCCCGAAAGAUAUGCGAAAGACCCUGGCGGAGAACAUCGUUCUAGUCGGCGGAACAACUAUGGUGCUAGGGCUAGCGUCCCGUCUCAAAGACGAAUUGAUGGCCUUGCUGCGGUCGGAUCAGUACAACGAUAAGCUGUUCUUGAAGACAUUUAAAUUUCACAGCCCGCCAGCGAAAGCAAAUUUCACCGCUUGGCUGGGCGGAUCCAUUUACGGGGCAACGGAUCUGGUGCUCUCGAAGUCGAUUGCGCGCGAAGCGUACAGCAAGAACCAGCAGCUGCCGGACUUUACCAACUACGAUGAAACGCGCACACAUGGAAGGGUUUAGGAGGGGUAUCCUCAGUAUCGAUUUAAUCUAGACAUUCAUAUUUUCGUAUUAUUGAAUUAAUAAAUUAUUAUUUAAAAAUACUCACCAAAAA